CUCUUCCAGGCUGGAGGCGGCGGGGUGCCGCUGCCCGCCGGCGGGGCCAAUGCCCGCAGGGAGCCGCUCCCCAAGCCCUGUAUGCUGCCGGUGCGCUGCGUGCCGGCCACGGCUGCUCCCAACUCCGCUGCAGCUCCGGGACCGUCCGAAAUGCCGGAGACCGCCGCAUCGCCCUUGCCCGAGGAGGAGGACGGCGGGUGCCACUCGCCCAGCCUGCGCCGGGCCCCGAAGAAUCACCGGGCCAGCGAGGAGCUGACAGAAGUGCCGCUGGAGGAGGCUGAGCACCGCUGGCUGCUUAUGGCGGCUGAGGGGCAGUGGUCCCAGCAGCUCCACGGGCUGCUGUUGGGUGAUGCCAGCCUGGCGGCCCGGAGGGAUUUCAUCUCGGGCUUCACUGCCCUGCACUGGGCCGCCAAGAAUGGCAACUGCGACAUGGUGAGGAACAUCAUCGAUGUAGCAGAGAAGGAGGGGGCCCACGUCAACGUGGAUGCCAGGUCGUAUGGCGGCUACACGGCGCUGCACCUCGCUGCCAUGCACGGCCGGGACGCCGUCAUCUCCGUGCUGGUCCGCAGCUACCAUGCCAAGAUUGACCUGAGGGACUACAGUGGGAAGAAGCCACACCAGUACUUGAAGGACGGGACCUCCGUGGCGGUCAGGCGCUUACUGGGAGAUCCCACACUCCAACACCCCACGGGACCCACAGUGCCCAUCAAGAAGAGCACCAAGAUCGCUGCUUCCAUCCUGAGCUCCACCAGCACUUUCCUCGGGGUCAUAUCCGAUGACAUGGCUUUCUAUGAUCUCACCAAAGGUUUGAGGAAGCCUUCGUCCUUGAAUAAGCUGCUGACUGCCACCACAGGCCCCAGGAGGAAGCCGAAAACUAGAGGGGGAUUUCCUUCAUACUGCUCGCUCUCCGAGGUGGUGGAGGAGGAGGAGCACGAGGAGGCUGUCAUGAAGCGCAGGCCGGUUUCUGAGCUGUUUUUUGGCCAUUAGGCUCUGCCUUCCUGGGGUCAGAAUCGUUCACUAGCAUGACUGGGGAGCUUGGUUUUCUCUCACAGAAGUACAUUGGAUUUCUUCUCCCCGUGUCUUUCUUUUUGGAAGUUUAAUUGAGUGGAUGAUGGGGUCUGGCUCCACGGGUCACUGGAUGAAGCCCAGCUCUCAGAAGCCUGAGGAGGGGGAGCUGCCCUGUGAGCACUGCAGUGCCAUAGCAUCAGCACACCAAUGAAGACCACAAACGUUACACUUCAUGGCUGAAAAGCUGGAACAACAUCUGUGUGUAGACAGGCUAUAAAUGUCUUAAGGUACAGCUUCUUGUUCUGCAUUCCUCAGCUGAAGAGCUGCAUGUUUUACACUGUGAACAGCACGCUGGUAGCUGGCUGCUUUAACGUGGCUUGUUCUACAGCAGGCUGAAAUUAUUAGGAGAAAGAUGCAUAGUUUUCUAUGAUGAUUCUGAUUGUUUUGGUAACAGAAGAGGAAUAUUUCUAUUUUAAAAUUGUGCAUUUAGUUUUUUCAAAACAAACUUUCUCACUAUCAGAAAUACUAACAUGUCUUUAUUGUUGCCUAAAGCAUUUUCCUUGGCAAGGUUAAAAAGCAAAAAGGAAAAAACCAACCCAACACUUGUUGCUCUGUCUCCAUGAUCUGUCUACCUCAGUCGGAAGCUCGGUUUGCAUUUCUCUUUGUGUUCCCUUCCCGAAGGACUUUGCCCAGGUGGUACCGACUGUGCCUCGAUACUGUCAGCAUUUGGCUGUAGUUCAGUGGCUUCAUAUGAAUGGACACAUUUUUGAUAUCAGAUGGUAUAAUAAAGUGAACUGAGAAAGUAGGAAUCGGAUCCUGCAGGGUAUCUGAGCAGCACUGAGGCUGCUACGGCAGAUUUUUUUAUUUAAAACUUGAACUUUGGUUUUGAGCUAUUUGGAAACAAUAUUUAUUUUAAAAAACGGGCUUUGUUCUAUUGGGUGUUUCAUGGUCAAAUGUGUGCAUGGCCUCUGAAAGCAAUGUGCAUCUCAACUGCAUGAGUUGUUGAUCUGAAACUCGCUUUACUUUUUCUUCUGUAUUAUAGACAUAAUUGUUUUUCUUAAGUAGAGCUGUACGCAUUACUUGCAGCUGGAGUGCUGGUUUGCAAUGAGAUUAUUGGUUUUUAAAUUACUCACUUAAAGCUGCCUUGAAAUGAAGAGGCGGAGCUGAGAGCAGCAGCUGCCUGCAGUGCUUCUGUGCUCACAAGGCAACCGCAGAGCUGUGUGAGCAGAGGUGACAGGGCUCUGCGCGUGCUCUGCUCCCAGCCCCAGUCAGGUGUUUUGGUUUCCUUGCAACACUUGUUUGCAUGCCUUGACUUUCUUUCCAAGCCAGUGACUCCAGGAAUGUGUCUUUCAGCCUUGAAUUAAGCCUAGUGCCGUAGGACCACACUGAAGGUGACACCGUCUCCUUUGUGCCCCUGCCCCAACGUGGUGCUGCCUGCAGGAGGGGCUGAGCUGCUGCUCUCACGGACAGGGAUUCAUUUUUUGUCUCUGUUUCUGUGUCAAACUCAUUAACUCGUUAACAGAAUGUUAAUGAUCAAGCACCUUGUGACUUACACAUCUGGAGAUGGGUUAAAAACAAGAAUAAUGAUCCUAUUUGCUCUGUGUGUGUUGAUGUGACUGCUGACCAGUGUGGUCGUUUGAAGCCUUGAUUUGUGCUUCAGCAUUGGCUCUUGGGGCUGCAGGAAAAUGUCUGUCACUCCGUUUCAGUGUUUUUGUGACAUUAAACACUUUCUUUACUGUAGCUCUUGAAACCACAGAGGCAUUUGUGUGCAUUUGUGUUACUGCUGGCAGAGCUGGGGCUGCGUGGGGACAGCAUCCUGUGGCAGCUGGGAAACGGCUCCUGUUUGACUCAGUCGUAUUUGGAAUGUGUCCAUUAGUUGUGCCUACACCCCUGACUGUACCUCUUCAUAUCACACCACUGAACUUUUAGCGCUUCUUUGGUGUAAAUCCAACCUGCAGCAGAAGCGAGGCACAAAGAUGGAGUGUUUUCUGCUUUAAAAGCCAACAACCCGCACAGCUUGGUUGUGGCUGCAUCAUGAGGAAAGCAGGAGGCAUGCUUCAAAGCAAAACCAAGAAGUCACAAAGGAGAUAACUGACUUCACUGCAGCACAUGCCAGCCAGGAAGCUCUGCAGUAUUCUUUGCUGGGAGGUGCUGCAGCUAGCUGGUGCUGGUGCUGUGCCCAAACCCCUGGCCUGCAGUGUGCCCAGCAGAGGCUGUGACACACGGAGCUCACAGGGCUGGGUGCUGCCAGCACCUUUGUACCAUGACACAGCUCACUCCUCGCUGAGAGAUGGGGGAGGAGGUGAUGUUUCGGCAGGCUGUGAUGAGUGAUGCUGUAGGACUUCAGGUGCAAACAAAUCCUCAGAAGUACAGAGAACGCACUGCUGCAAUUUGGCAAAUAUAGAUAUUAUGUUCAGCUUGCAGUAAAACCAGUUCUUCAGCUUCUCUGGGUCCUGGUUGUGUAUGUUGCU